AACAAGAUAUUGCAGAACCUUCAACAAGAACAAGAUCCCAAACUUCUAAAACUUCAUCAGAUACAAAAGAAAAAACAAGAAUAAGACAACAAGAAUAUAGAGCUUCUUUGAAAAAAAUGGACAUUGAAUGUAAACAUUGUGGGGUAUUAAGAUUGAAGAGAGAAAAACCAGAACUUUGUUGCAUGAAUGGUGAAGUUAUAUUAGCACCACUUCAAGCACCACCACCAGAAAUUUAUUAUUUGCUUAUAGCAAAAGAUCCAAUAUCUAAAGUACUAUUUGUUAAUAAAAUAAGAGCAUAUAAUCAACUCAGCUUUACCAAAACAAGGAGAAAUGCCAAAAUAUAUUUUCAUGAUUCUUCAGAUAUUGAAGCACAAAUUGAUAGAAGACAUGAUAUAAUGAAGCAAUCAAUUAUUAAACAGGGAUAUGAUAAAUAUUAUUCAAAAUGUAUUAAUGGAUUUAAAUCCUUUUGUAGAUACUUAUAUAUCUGCAGGAAAUGA